UCCUCCCACAACCUCUCCGUUCAUCAGUGUGUGAGUCUCCUUGCAUCUUCUGUGUCUCUCUCAGUCCAGAGACUCUCAGGUCCCUCAGUCCACCGCCCAGCUCCCAUUGGGAGGAAAAUGGGCCAGUAACUGGUAGUUUCUUCUGAUCGUCACACUUCUUCAGUGAGUCGUUUAGAGUUAGUGGAUCGACUUCGGAGUAAGCAGUUCCACUUUCUGAUGUUCGAAACAUUGUGAGACUGUGUGAGAAAGUGAGUCCCACUUAAAAAUAUUAAAGGUCUAAUUUUCAUCAUAGGUUCAACUCAUCUGAGAGACAGAAUGCUUAUAAAGAUCCAGGAAAUCACAUUGUAUGAUUUGUUAAUUAUGUAUUUGUUUAUUGGUAAAUACAUGUUUGGUCAAUAACAAAAGUUCACCUCAAUACUUUGUAAUGCAACCUCGGACAGGAACCCAGAUGAUGGCUAGAGAAUCAACAUUCAUCCUUCCUUCUUUCCUGUCCCCUUUACAGAAAAGCAGCCUGCAACUGAGCAUCCUUCCCUUUCCACACUUCCACAAGCACUCAAACUCUUGAGCGCUUGUGGAAGAAAACCCAUCUCCACGUCCAUCUGCUGCACCUAAAGGAUCUUCUGACAUCCUUUAACUCUGCAGUCAGAGAUGCAAGGGUUUCCUAUUUCUCCAACCUGGUGUCCCAGAGCAAAGGGAACCCCAAGGUGCUGUUUAACACCAUCAGCAGCAUCGUCUCUCCUGCCUCUCCUACAGCCUCCAUCCACUCUGUUGCAGAUUGUGAGAACUUUCUGUCUUUCUUUGUGGACAAAGUCAAUAAGGCUGGCUGCAGCACCAUGUCCUCUGCCCAAAGUGAGGAUUCAUCCAGCUAUCAUUUAAGUGUGGUCCGUAACCCACCAGGCUGGGAGGUGGGGAUUUACCUUGUGGGCUUCCUCCUACUGCUGGGUGCAGCUGGGCUGAACAUCUGGAAGUUGUGGAGAUCUGGAACCUUCCCAGCGCCGUCCCCUUUCCCCAACUUUGACUAUCGAUAUCUGCAGGAAAAAUAUGGAAACUCUUUCUCAGAAGUCAGACAAAAGAGAGCUGCUGCCAACAAUCAACGGCGUACCUCCACCAACUCCAGCCGCAAGCCCAGCCUGGCUCUCGGAGACACCCCAGAUGGCUUCAGGGACCUGGGCCACUUGGAGCUGAUGAGCAGGGAGCUAGACCCGACUGGCUUGGCUCAGCUGAACCGAUCCAUAUCUACCGACUCGCUCAGCUCCAUUUCCUCCAUUGCCAAUAACUUUGGCCAUGACUUCACAGUGGGCCAGCUGGAGGUGACCCUGGAGUUUGAGCCAUCACGACAGCUGCUCCACAUCACACUGCACCAGGGCAAAGACCUGCUAGAGAAGGAGGAAGGAGACUUUCCUGGUUGCUUCAUCAGAGUCUCGCUUGGCCUCGAGGAGCUAAAUGUGGGGGUCACAAGGGUGCAGACGAACGCAUUCAGCGUGAUCUUUGAUGAGCGAUUCUCUGUCCCUAUGGACCCGCCAGCUCUGGAUGAGUACAGCUUGCGAUUUGCUGCUUUUGGUAUUGAUGCUGAUGAAAGAAACAUCAGUGCAGGGGUAGCAGAGCUCAAGCUGUCAGACCUGGAUCUGAUCAUCAGACCCUUCAAUGCCUGGCUCUACCUCCAAGAUGUCAACAAGGCUGUGGAUGCAGUCGGGGAGAUCUUGUUGUCUCUUAGCUAUUUACCAACAGCAGAGCGCCUCACUGUGGUCGUGGCCAAGUGUAAGAAUCUGGUGUGGACCAACGACAAAAACACAGCAGAUCCAUUUGUCAAAGUGUAUCUCCUACAAGAUGGCAAGAAGAUCAGCAAGAAGAAGACUUCCACAAAAAGAGACGACACGAAUCCAAUCUUCAAUGAAGCCAUGAUCUUCUCUGUCCCAUCUGUUGUCCUACAGGAGCUCUCCCUGAGGGUGACGGUAGCAGAAGCCACUGACGAUGGGCGAGGUGAAAACCUUGGUCAUGUGAUCAUCGGCCCUGAGGCCAGUGGGAUGGGGAUCACCCAUUGGAAUCAGAUGUUAGCCACUCUGAGGAAGCCCGUGUCCAUGUGGCACCCGCUACGCAGGAUCUAGUAGGGCAAAGUCUGCUCCAUGUUUCAGUUUAACACUCAUUUUGUGUCAUGCCAACAUCUGAGAGUGUUAGAAUUAGAGUUCACAUCAUGACCAAAUGUGUGACUGGUGUUUAACAGUUUAUCUUCAUAUGUAUGAGGGAGAAUUCUGUAAAACCAGAGUUUAAUGAUCCCCUUUUACUGACUUAAUUACUCAUCAUCAUCAUCCUGGGUCAGGUAUUUUAUACGUGAACAGGUUGAAAACUUAGUUCUUUCCUCUACAACAUGAGCGUGUGAAUCAGACUUUUGACUUUGGGUGAGUUCUGAAAAGCAGCUCAGCCUCAGCAGAUUCUGCAGCCUCUGUGUCAACAUGGUGUCUGCGGUGGUUUAGCAUCGGUGUGGAAAAGCAUCAGGACAGAGAAGAUGUGAGCUGGUUAUGGUUUGUGCCCUCCCGGGCAUGCAGAUGUUAGCAGGUUCAGACAGCAACCGGACAUGUUCUUGAUUGUUGAAGAUGAUUGCUCCUCAUCAUAGGACAUUUGGCAGCAGGAAAAAAGGAGGGAAACAGUUAAAAUCCAAGUUUUUAACUGUGAUGAGGGCUCCUUUAAUGUGAGAGAGCUCACAAGUCACCCCGCCACCACACACAUACACACAUGCAAUCAUGCGCACAGACACACACACACACACACACACACACACACACGCAUGCAGUCGCACACACGCACACACAAACAUGCAGUCACACGCACAUGCCAUCAGGCACACAAAAAUACAUACACACACACGCACACACAAACAUGCAGUCACACACACACACACGCACGUGCCAUCAGGCACACAAAAAUACAUACAUGCAAUCACACACACACACACACACCACACGUAAUCACACACACAUGCAAUCACACACACACACACACGUAACCAUGCACACACACACAAACACAAGCAAUCACACACAUUCACACACACAUGCACUCACGCAUACAAAUACACACAUGCAAUCACGCACACACACAAACACACACGCACACACACCACACAUAAUUAUACACACAUGCAAUCACACACACGUAACCAUGCACACACACACAAACACAUGCAAUCACACAUUCACACACACACAUGCACUCACGCACACAAAUACACACAUGCAAUCACGAACAGACACACACACACACACACGCACAUGCAAUCAUGCGCACACAUGCACGCACACACGUGCCAUCAUGUACACACACACGUAAUCAUGCACACAGACACACACACAUGCAAUCAAGAACACACGCACAUGCAAUCAUGCACACACACACACACACACACACACACACACACACAGACACACAUGCAAUCAUGCACACACAUGCAUGCACACACGUGCAAAUACACACAUGCAUUCACGCACACACACACAAAUGCAAUCACGCACACACACACACACACACACACACACACACACAUGCAAUCAUGCAUACACAUGCAUGCACACACACAUGCAUGCACACACACACACAUGCAAUCAUGCACACAGAAACACACACACACACACCUGCCUUUUGAAGGCUUUCUUGGCUGCUGGUGAGACUUUCUGAUCACAUGACUAAAACUUGCUGUGAAACUUUCUGAAACUCAAAGCUGCUUAAAAGCUGAAACUUCCUCCUCUGUCUAAUGGUGGCUUUUCUCUCUCUUGAUGGGAGGAAAACAGGUCAUCUUUUUCAAAAGUAAGAACAACUUUCCAGUCAUUCUACUGCAGCUUUGAGUCUAAUUCCUGAACACUUUUGUGAUGAUAGACCAACUCACAUGUAAACCAGGCCAAGAACCUUGGGCCCAUCAUGAUGAUGUGUGAGGUAAAGCCUGUACAUACGUCUAUUUAACACCGCCAUGCCCUGUCUGAUGACUUUCGUUCACAAGUAUUUAGAGUACAGAGCCGAAGGUCAGGACUCUGAACCUUUCUGUUUCAUUUGAGAAAUCGUUUAAAGAAAGAAGGAAAACCUUUUCACUUAUCUAGAAAAUGUCUGGUUGUUCUUGCUUGAGCCCCCUAGGAUGUGUUUAUGAUGUUUGAAACCAGAUAAUUCCUACUUGAUGAAAUUGGUUGUAGAUUUAGAGAUGAGUCCUGUUAGCUUGUGUCAUGUGCUACUAGUGACAGACGGGUCGUAGAGUUUUCAUAUUCAGUAUUGAUUGUGCUUUUCUAAAUAUGCAGGUGAUCCUAUCCAGGUGAAAACAUGUCAUUUGUAGCAGCUGCUGCAGGGUGGCCAAAUUUGUUGCAAUCAUUAUAAUAAAGGCAAUGUUGUUCUAUUUUUAAUGCAAUACUUGUUGCAAACGUGUAUUUAAGGUUGUACAUAGCCCACCUAAACACUAUCCUCAUUUCAUUUUCCUGCAAAAUGAUUUGUUCGAAUCACAUUUUUCAGAAUUUAUCUCAUAACUAACAUCCAAGUCCUUUCAGAAAACUUAUAUAUAAAGUGUGUCUGUCACUGCUAUAAAUAAAGACCUCUGGGAGUUUCAUUCAUGAUGUAAAGUCUACUAACUCCUUUGUAUAUAUGUUUGUUUUAAACUAGAGGUUCUGAGUCAGCGGAGGUUUUCCCAUCAGUCACUAAUUUAGCUCUUGUUGUAAAAUCUGACUGGUGAUGCAUUGCAGCUUGAAGGCAGAACACGUGAGUCGACGACAGCAGAAGCAUGCAAAGCUCUAGGGGGCUUUUUCUUUCUCUACGACAUACACACUCAUGCAAACGUGUUUUGUUGUAACCUGAACGUGACUCGUGUGGAAACUGAACCAACACACAACCAGCUUCAUGGAUCCUUUUUGGUUUUCAGGUUGCUCAACUAUGGACUGCCUUUCUCACCUCACUUUGAAAAUCUAUCUAAAAAAAUAACACGCUUGGGGUGAUUUGAUAUAAAAUGUUUCCUAUUGUGCCAAAUGAUGAAGCAAUAUCUUCAUUUACAUUCAUCAUUUGCAUUCAACAAAGCUGUAGCCUCCAUUCGAUCAUGCACGAAGUUAUUUGGCACUUUAUGUGAAUGUGAUUCGAGAACACGAUGUAUUGUGUGAAUGCUGUUUCAAAUAAAAACCAGUUGAAGACUGAG